AUGGACGAGUGGGAGCAAAUCGAGCAGACGUAUAUUCUCCCGUUUGAGGCACUAUUCAAGCGCUGUCUCCAUACUUGUGCUAAGUGUCAGCUUCAAUGCAUGCGGUCAGUAUGUCACUCGUUUGAUGAGGAUCAUGAUUGCGGUAUGAGUCAUCAAUGUCGCGGUCUUUGCGAAUACUGCGCUCUGAACUAUCGACAUGGCAAGGAAAUGCCUCGAUGCGUGGGAAGAGCUGGCCAUGAAGGCAAGUGUGACUGCGUGAAAGGUGAUCACACGUGUGGGGCGGAGUGUAGUCUGAAAGGUGCUUCGAACUGUGGUGGGCUCUGUGUGUUGAUUGAAGGACAUGAAGGAGAUCAUCGAUGCUCAGUGAAGCAACACGCGUGUGGAGCUUUAUGCAGUGCGACAAUUUGCCGUGGCAAAUGCAUUUUGAACGCGGAACAUCGUCACACAGUGCACAAAUGCGCCGAAACGCAGUGCAAACACGCGUGUGAGAUGGAUGGCUGCAAGGAGCGGUGUAGUACUGCCAAUCACUUCCAUGAUCAGCCCGAACUAGGAGUGAGAUUCGCUGAGGAGAAUGAUCAAAAGUGUGAAGCAGAACCAUCGCUACCUGGAGAGAUAAUUCACCUGUGCAGCUCGCGUCACACAUGCAAUGCAGCUUGUGAGAUGGAAGGCAUCUGUGCUAAGAGUGUUCAGGUCUCGAUCGACAAGUUUUUGGGGUCACGUGACACAUUUGACUAUGAGCUGAAGCAAAUGAUAGGAAUCCGCAACAAUUGUGCGAUUGUCCUUCAACCUGGGGAAUCAAACCACGACGAUGUGAAGCCUGUGAGUAUUAUUGCGAUAAGCGCGUUGGACACGAAAGGAGAACACUCGGUAGCGCAUGGAAAUAUGCGCAACAUGCAUUUCGUAGCAGAAGAUGAUGUCAUCAAAUGGGAAGACCACAAGUACUUGCCAGGCGAGAAGGGAGUUGCUGAAAUGUGCAACAUGUAUUGCUCUUCGGCUGGCAGGGGCCACGUGCACUACUUGAAGUGCGACAAAGAGACUGAUUCUGCUUGUGUGUACACUGACCUGCAAGACCAACGCCGUCACUGCACCAACGAUCUUAAGCCACGUCCAGAGCACCAGGUCGAUGAGCUUCUACAUGAAAAGUACUGGAAAACGAUCGGGUGGGAGGACCCGUGCCGAUCUGCGGUUGAACGUGCACUGUUUGCCAAGUGUCCGUAUUUGUGCGAUGCAGCGGAGCACAAUGGCGAAGGUAAGCCGCCAUCCUACUGCGACUUGGAAGCUUGGCACCAGCCUGCCUCCACUCCCUCUACUACUGAGCGAAGAGGGUUUUCCUACAUCUGUGGCCACCGCUUUGCUUGUUCUCAUGCGUCGCCAACCGGCAAGGUGCACCAUGUGUUCGUAUUGGACUGCUCGGGAUCAAUGCGAGGCGAACCGUGGCAGGAAUUGGUGAGUGGCGUUCGUGGAUAUUUGCGAAGUCGAUUGGCGACUGGCGUAACGCAAGAUAUUGUGUCGGUUGUCACCUUCGGUGCUCGAGGUAUUAUUGAGUUUGAGGCCGUGCCAAUCAAUAGCGCUCCCAGUCGGCGUAUCGACUUCCACGGCGGUGGGACUUUCUACUCGAAUGGUUUGAAUCAAGCUAACGCCAUUUUAUCACGCACGAACUUGAGCGUGUACAAGCCAGUGAUGAUUUUCUUUACGGAUGGACGUCCAGCGGAUCGCAAGAAAGGACCUGCGCUGGCGGUGGACGUUCGCAAUCGUUUUGCCAAGUUUGGACUGCGGACGUUUGUCGUCGGAUACGGACGAGCAAGUGACAUGGGGCUGGAAGAUUUAGCGGAGAAGCUGGGAGGGUCGGUGCAUGAAGCUCUUACGACCGCGGAUCUAGGAGAGGCCUUUCGCUCGAUCUCGAUGUCGUUGGGAGCUCGCGCCGGACUCAUUCACACCACAGCCGCUGCUUGA